CAAAGUCUUAAUAAUGAUGGUUACAUAUAGAUUCUCAUUAAUAAUAGAAGUUCAGACAGAAAUACGACAUGACAUUCUGUGAAAAUGAAUAGAAACUAACAAAACAUCAUAAUUUACAGCUUUUCCUCGGUUCGAAGCAAUUUCAAAGUUGUAUUCGGAGGUACAGUCACACCAGGAUUCAUCAUUUUGCAAAACAAAUGACAACUACCUUCGUAUAAAUUACACUGAACGUCAUUUACACUGACUAAUUCCUAACUGCGACGUUAAAAUCCCAAGCUCUUUUAAUUAUGAAGAAUAUCGACCGCCCACGAUUCUUGAUUGACCAAUAAGAACAACAACAACUGAAUUGAUUUUUAAACUAACCAAUAAGAUGUUAACGAUUUCCCCAAUUCUUUCAUCCAUUCACACAAAGCUCAUAAAACCUUGAUGGUAAUAUUUCUGAAAUAAAAUGGAAAAAGUCUUUGAUUUACAGUCGAUAUGAUCGGCACGGACUUCUUAGAUUAUUUAUCAAAGUUCCAAGUUGCGACCUAUGUCGGAGUUGAAGAUUUUGCAGACAAAUUUAAUUUUCUCAUUACAGUUAUGGUUCUUAUGCUUUGCACAACAAUUGUAACUGUUAAACAGUAUAUGAUGAAACCGAUAUCAUGCUACAUGGCAACAGAUUUGGGUGGAAAAAACUUAUUAGAUUAUGUUGAGAACUAUUGUUGGGUUCAGGGCACUGUCCCUAUAUCAUAUUCUGGUCGAGUACCAGAGACAGAUGAAGGCUGGGCGGAAUUAGAGAAACACAAACUACUUUAUUAUCAGUGGGUACCAUUUGUUCUUGGCCUACAGUGUAUUUUAUUCUAUUUACCUCGAUUAAUUUGGCAAAUGAUAUGCUAUAACAAAGUUGGAACAGAUGUACAACAUUUGGUCUUAUGUGCUAAUCAAGCAGUACAUGCUAAUGAUGAACAAAGAACUAAAAUGGUACAACAUUUGGCAAAAACAUUAGAACAAUUAUUAUUUCAGCAACGUGAAUACCAUCAUGGAUUAUGGCCUCGAGUACGUCGUCGAAUGAAGAAAUGGGGUUAUUUAUUCUUUGUAAGCAAACGUCUUGGAACACGAUUAUUUGGGAUUUAUUUAUUCAUUAAAUGUCUUUACUUAUUAAAUGCAGUUGGACAAAUAUUUAUGAUGCAAUCAUUUCUUGGUUUAAAAUCAAAUUAUACAUUAUUUGGUGUAGCUAUUUCUAGAAAUAUUUUAGCUGGUCUUGAUUGGGAAGUGACAAUGAUUUUUCCACGUGUUGGAUUUUGUUUAGUUCCUUUAAAGCAUUUUGGAUCUAAUAAUUAUGCAACAGCACAAUGUGUUCUACCAGUAAAUAUGCUUAAUGAACGUAUUUACAUGUUUCUAUGGUUUUGGAUUGUUCUCGCUGCAACAAUUACCGCAAUCAGUAUACCAACGUGGUUUACACGUAUGAGUUAUGAAAAAUCACGUACACAUUUCAUAAAAAAAUAUUUAAAACUUGGUGAACAAGUUAGUAGAAAAGAUAAAUAUAUGGUAGAAAAAUUUACUUUAUUAUUUUUACGUAAUGAUGGUGUUUUUCUACUACGUAUGAUUGCUAUCAAUGCCGGUGAAUUGAUUUGUUCUGAAAUAGUUUGUCAAUUAUGGCAUAUAUUUCGUGAAAAAUAUUUCUAUCGUGAUUUAACACGUUGUAAACGAGAUUGCGAUCAAAUGCAUCAUUUAGGCUUGAAAUUAUCCCGUGGUAUUGUCAAUUUGAAAGAAAGAUGUUCCAAAGAAAAUAAACAGCCUAGAUUGGAAGCUACAGCUUCAGCACCUCCACUUACUGACGCACCUCUUGCAACACUUGGAACAGAUGAAGAAGAAGGUGGUUACGCUGAUGAUGAUGAAGAUGAACUGAAAGAUAUAAAAAGACAUUAUAGUAAAAAGUAUUCAUGGGAACAAAAGGAGCCCGUUUGAAUAAAUUAUUGUUAACACAUAUAGAUAUAUAUAUCGUCACCUGUAAACAGUCAUAAAAGUUUCAUUGAGAUGUACAGAUUACAUUAUGAUUUAUAAACAUAUUCAGCUCAUUUUUUUAUAAACAUUUUUUUAAUGAAAGCUAUUUAUUAAAAUUAUCAUUAUUAUUUUUGUUAUAUUUAUUACUUAUUUGUGAACUUAUUGAAAAUAUCCUUAUGAGUUAUUUUUUAGUUUACCCUCCCUUUUGGUGCUCAGUCAAGAAAACAAUUCCUCCUUGUUGUACAGUUAACCUUUUAAUUGAUUAUGUUUUGUCUUUGAAUUGAUCGAGAGUUUACGCAUUUGCGCAAAUCAUUUGUAAUUAAAUUAUUUAUUAUUAUGCUGUAGAUAUCAGUAUUAUUAUUGACUAAUGAAGGUUCUCCACAAUAAAUACAUAGAAAAUAUUAUGUAAGCGACGUUCCUGGUUAUGUGCUGAUCAUUGGGUAUUCGCAAAGUUUAUCCUGCCCUAAAUGAACGUCAUUAAAACAUACUAAGGAGAUUUUUCUAAUCGAUCUGUGAUAAGGGGAACAAGUAUAUAAUCAAAAAGAACCUGAUGAAUAAUUUAUUACAGUAUGACACUGACUAUCUUUCUAAACUGAUCUGAGAAUGCAAUAAUGUACUUUAUUCAAAGGAAUGAAAAGGUCUGUAGCGUACAAAGGUAAUUUGAACCUGGUAAUUUAUCAAGCCUUAUGAGGAUUGGUUGGUAUAAAAACAUAUUCCACUCGAGUCGGAAUAUAGCGGUACAGGAAAUUUGUUCACCAUGAAAUAGAGUUAUUUGUGUUUCUUCCACUUAGAAUUAAUUGACAAAAAGAGAUCAUAGAUGAGGAAAGUUUCAGUAGUAAGCAAAUUACAAUUAACUCAGACGUUGAUUUGAAGGUAAAUAUACUUAAAAGUAUCCAUCAUAGAUAAACUCCAGACAGAUGAUUAUAAUAGUAGAUAAACCUCUCUGAAAAAUAAUUUAGAUAACUUCCAGUAACUUUUUAGUUGAACAUUGUUCAAGCAAAAUCUGAACAGUGUAUCAAUAUUAACCGAGAAAUUGAUUUCAAACAUUGAACUAAGAAAUCAGGAUAUCAUAAUUAUCUGUCUUGCGGAAGCUUU